AUGGCAGUCGGUCAGCUUAAGAGCCUUUUAGGCUCAAUUCGACGCAAGCCGUCCACCGCCCCCGAUCGAAGGUCGAGAGAAGAAACCAAUGGAGUCAAUGGAGAGAAGACAUCGCUGAUGUCUGACCUGUCGUCUAUCGGCGUGAAGAAUGUCAAGAUGCUCGGCGGCGCACUCGUCGACAUGGCAGGCGGUGAACCACUAGACGACAAGCAGCUCCUUCUCGAGAAUGGCGUUUCUAUGCUUCAAUCACUUCCUUCGAACAGUGGUCUUGGCUCCACGGUCUCAAACGGCUUCAUCGGCAUGCUGUGGAACGAUUUGCCUCAUCCAGCUGCUACACUCGCGGGACCAGAAUCGCGCUAUCGACGACACGACGGCGGCGGCAACAAUCCCUGGCAGCCAGAAAUGGGCAAGGCCGGGACACCAUACUCUCGGAGUGUGCCACCUGUGAAGCCAAAGGGACCCAAUCUUCCAGACGUCGAGCUUGUCUUUGAGCAAUUGCUGAAGCGAGAUGGAGCUUUCCGCGAACACCCAUCCGGUCUGAACCGCCUCUUCUUCAGCUUUGCAACUAUCUCUCUGCAAGACAACGACAUCUUCCAGCUCUCUCGCAAUAUCAACGUCGGUUUCUUUGCAACGGUAGUACUGAAGGACUACGUCGCCGCCAUUCUCAACACGCCCCGCGCCAACUCCGAGUGGUCACUGGACCUCGGAGCAGAGAUCAAGAAAGGAGGAUCUCGAGUGGAAAGAGGUACAGGCAAUGUGGUCUCGACCGAGUUCGCUGUACUUUAUCACUGGCAUGCGGCUCUGAGUGCUGCCGACGCGCAAUGGAUGGAAGACAUCAUACGUGAAUCCGCUCCCGAGAUCGGACACAUCGACGACGUCACGGCCGAAACAUUCACGAAGGUUGUAAAGACGCAAGGACACAAGCUCAUGAGCACUGAGCCUCGUCUUUGGACAUUUGGCGGCAUCAAGCGCGGAGCUGAUGGACGCUUCAGCGACAAUGAUCUGGGUGAGAUCUUAAAAAACUGCGUUGAUGAGCCUGCACAUGCUUUCGGUGCUCAUGGAACGCCGGCCAGCUUGAAGGUGGUCGACUUGAUGGGUCAACUGCAGGCUCGCAACCACUUUAAAGUCUGCACAAUGAAUGAAUUCCGCACGUAUCUCAACUUGAAAGCGUAUGAAUCCUUCGAGGACUGGAAUCCUGACAAGAAGACCGCCCGUGCCGCCGAGCUAUUGUACGGUCACAUUGACAAUUUGGAACUGUAUCCAGGCCUGAUGGCAGAGUGCACGAAACCAGCCAUGCCUGGCAGUGGAGUCUGUCCGGGUCAAACGACAGGGCGCGGAAUCUUGGAUGAUGCCGUCGCCUUGGUCCGCGGCGAUCGCUUCCUCAGCUACGACUUCAACAGCAACACUUUGACCAACUGGGGCUUUGCAAAAUUGGGCAGUCUACCCGGAGGCUCGUACGGCGGUAUGCUCCCACACCUUCUCUUCACUGGCCUUCCUGGUGCAUACAAGGGCACUUCUCCGUACGCUUUGCUACCCUUCUACACUCCGAAGGCAGUCGCUGGGAUAUUGAAGGGCAACAAGGCGAUUGAUCGGUACGACUUGAAUCGCAAUCGAAGCGAUGGCGGCAUCGUCGCUGUCCAUAGCCAAGCCGGAUGCAAGCAGGUCUUCGAAGACGAGCAGACCUUUCGUCCAGCAUUCUCAAUGGACAAGACCAACUUCUUGCCCAAGGUGUUCUUCACGGACGGUUUCGAUGGAAAGAUCACCAAAUACUUCAGCGAGACCGUGGCCAGACUCAUCAAGGACAGCUCUCUCAAGUACGCCGGCUCGAAGCGAUCUGUCGAUAUCGUGCGCGACGUGACCAACGUUGCUCCGAUCAUGUGGUUGGCGGAGCACUUCGCCAUCCCUCUGAAAACUGCCAGGACUCCCAAGGGUCUGCUGUCUCUCCCUCAGCUGUUUGACAUGUACAUGGUCACUUUCCUGUACCAAAACUUCAAUAUCCUUCCUAUCAACGAGUGGAAGCUCCGGGACGGAUAUCAAAAGGCCGAACCCGUCCUGCGAAACAUUUUCGAAACGCACCUCAAGACUCAACAGGGAUUCAAGGAAACCAUAGUCGAUAGGCUUGCCAAGGGUUCUGCGUACGAGGUCGGCCCAGAAGCCGAUCGUCUUUACCACGCCUUGAACGACUCCAAGCUUCCAACGAGGGACCUGGUCACCGAUUGCAUCGGAAUGGGAGCUCCGGUCGCCGGUAUUGUGACCCAGCAGGCUUCUCUCUUGAUCGCCUUCUAUCUUCGUCCGGAUAAUUCUCAGCACAAGGGCCGCAUUGUGCAGCUUGCGCAUCAGAACGACGCCGCUUCGGAGUCUCAACUGCAAGGAUAUGUCCUGGAAGGCAUGCGACACGCCGGUGUCGUUCCUGGUCUUCCACGAGUCGCAACCAAAGACGUCGUUGUCGAAGACGGCGCGAACGGAUCUGUUCGGAUCAAGAGAGACCAGACCGUCCUGAUCGCCACCUCCAGCUCCUCAAAAGACGCAUCUGCCUUUGCAGACCCGGAUACGAUUGAUCCAUCUCGUCCGAGGGAGAGCUACUUCAUGCUCCGCAGCGGAUUACACGCGGACUUUGGCUCGAAGCUGGUUCUCCCUGCUUUGGCGGCCACGUUGAGGGAGGUGUUCAAGUUGAAGAAUGUGCGUGCUGCGCCUGGAAAGAAUGGGAUGUUUACUACGACGAGGCACGUGGUUGCGGGUGUGGUAUUGACGCAUUACCUGGACGAUAAUGCGAGGGAGUCGCCGUUCCCAACGUCGUUGACUGUUGAGUACGAUGAGUAG